AUGGGGUCCCUCCUCGCCGGGCCCGCCCUGGCCACGGUCCCCAUCCUCACCGAGGUCUCCCUCAAGGGCUGCGCCGACGUGUCCUGCCCGGCCGGCGAGGUCCACGACCUGGUCGGCGAGUCCAACUGCACCCUCGGCGGCUCCGUCCUCCGCCGCGUCGGCAUCGCCCCGGAGGUCCUCGACAUCCCCAUCGACAACAACAACAUCACCGACAUCCGCAAGCUCUCCAUCACCGUCGCCACCCUCCACGGCGGCCCGGCCUCCGACCCCUCUUCCUCCGGCUCCGGGUCAAACUGGAUGAAGAAGCAGGUCUACACCCAGUCCUACUACCUCGGCGCCCCGGCCGGCCUCAACCUCUCCAACCCGGCCUACCCCAAGGGCUGCGCCCUCAUCUUCCAGCACCUCUUCCAGACCCUGCCGAUCGCGCACGAGGUCAAGGACGACGAGACCACCGACUGCUCCUCCUGGCUGCAGCAGAGCUGCAUGGACGAGAUCACCGGCUACGUCGACGACUUCCGCGCCAACCACACAAAGGACGCCGACCUCCCCCGCUGCCAGGACAUCGCCAUGUACCUCGAGGAGCGCACGCGCUCCGACAAGAACUUCCACUGCAACCUCAUCGCCGGCGCUGUGAACAUCACCGGCGCCGAGAUCAUCGGGCCCGGCGCCCCGAGCGAGCCGGCGCGGGACGCCGGCGCCAACAACGGCUGCCACCCCACCCUGCCGUCGUCGUACGACCUGAUGAAGCUGACCGACGUGGAGCUGAUCCUGGACCAGGACGGGAGCACGACGAUGCCCACGGGGGGAUUGAACGGGUAUACCCCCGUCAUGAGCGUGCUGUUCGACAAGCUGCUGUAUUCGCAGUGGAUCUGCAUGAAGACGAUGAGCGAGUUCGAAAGGGAGAGCACGGGUGCCAGGAGUACGCCCGUGAUAGCGGGCUUGGUGAUGGGGGCCGCCACCCUCGUUGCGAUUUUGAUGCUGUGA